UUGGGAAGACCAUCAUGAAUUGGCGAAUGCACUUAGGAUUUUGCGAAAUCUUGGAAGGGAAUUAGAUGAUACCCUCAAGAUACUCGAGGAACUCAAAAAAUCACAUCGCCGGAAUUCAGUUUUUCAUUCUCAGUCUUUAAUAUUAAAGAGUCAUAUAGGUGAUGCGAAGAGUUCACCACAAAAACCCACAGGAAAAAACUUACGUUUCAUAAAUCCACUCGUGUAUCAUGAUUAUGAUGAUUCUGAUUAUGAAGAUCCGUCUUCACCCUCACCGUCAGGAUGCUUUUAUUAA